UGAAGACGUCCGUCCCACCGACCGACCGACCAGCACCGAGCUGCACCGACCGAGCGGCGGAACCUUCGCGAUGACGCCAUGGCGGCCGCGCUGCGCGUGGGCGAUGUGGUGCUGCUCCAGGGGCUUCAGCGAGGCUUCAAUGGUCGCAGGGGCCGCCUGGAAGAGCUCAACGGUGAGAAGUGCCGCGUGCGCCUCUCGGGGGGCUUGCGAGUGCAGGUUCUUGCCAUGAACCUGAGCUCUGUGGCUGAGGACGCCAUCUCGGAAGCCUCAGAGUCUGCGAGCAGCGUGGACGAAGAGACCUACAAGACGGCCCAUCGACGAGAGCUCCUGGCGCGGGACUUCUUCGAGUUGCUGGACCCUUCGGGGAGGAACGUCUUGAGGGCCUCUGAACUGUAUCAUUUCGCCUACGCUUGUGGAUUCGAAGAAGGCAGAGACCUGUGGCACAGCGAAUACAAGGCGCUGUGCCAGCUUUGCAAUGUUACGGACGGUUUCUACUGGCAGGACUUUCUGGAACUGCUUUCGAACGAGGCUCUACCCACCAAGUGUGGGACCUCCGAGCUUCCUUCGUUGAUGGAACGCGCCGCGCAGAGCCAGUUGCUGAGCCGAACGGACGCUUCCAAAGUGCCGGAGAAGGAAAAGCAAGGGAAGAGACUUUCCGGACUCAGUCGGGGCUCCAUGAGGAAGACGAAGCGAAGCGAAAAGCUGCGUCGCACCAUCCAGGAGAGCCAAGCGCGCCGCGAGGCCGUGGUACGGCUCUUCUACGCGCUGGAUGCCGACGGCGAUGGGCGCUUGAAGCUGGCGGAGAUGGAGCGCUUCGCGGCGCUGUGCGACUUCUCUGGAGACUGGCAAGUCGAGUACGAGGUGAUGUGUGAAGUCCUGAAAAUCGAUGCGGAACGAGGAGCGGACUUGCCGGACUUUGAGCGCCUGGUGAGCAAUGAAAAGAGCCACGCUUAUUGCACAGACCAGGAGCUGCAAGAGAUGGUUGCCGAGAUGACCUCCAGGCAUGACCAGAUCAUUUCGAACCAGGCGGCCAUCCGAAUCCAGGCAAACACCAGAGGCUUCCUGGCCCGGCAGCGCACUGCGCUGAGACAGGUCGAUGAGAUUGAAGAGACAGAAGAGGACGAAUUGCCCGAACCACCCGAGCCUCCGUGGAGUGAAAGUGAUGAUUGAGCCGAAGGAAGUGGAAAAUACACCUUCUGCUGAUUGCCGUCGAAAGCCCAACGUUGAAGAGCUGGCUCCAACACCUGACUUGGCUAAGCCAGAGGUGUGAAGCCAAGGGCCUGUGUCAAUCAAAAGUGAACGAGAGCCUCCUGGAGAUGUGUUGCGGUAACUUGAGGACAGUGAGUUGGUGCUUCCGAAGGCUGACCUGAGGGAGAUGUGCUUUGAAGGGAUGUUCAGCAACCUCUUUUUGACAAGAGGAGGUGCAGUAGAAACGAUUUCUGCCCUGCUAAAGGCUGCACGGACAGGUCUAAGAGGUCUAAAGGGUGCGGGUUUGCGGGCGGUUUUCGAGCGCGGUUUGACGCCCAAUUCCAUCGCAAUUCUUCCACCCCAUUGACU